UGAACUCCCGCGCUAACCAGACGCCUGGUCUCGCCUCGCCUUGUCUCUGACCCCGGCAUGGAGGGGGUCCCGGUGGUGACGACGGGUAACGCGGGCGCUGCGAAGGCGGAGGGAGCCGCAGCCAUGCCGCCUCCGCCUCCCGUCUCCCCGCCUGCCCUCACCCCGGCGCCCGCAGCGGGUGAGGAGGGUCCGUUGCCUUUGCCCGAGGCGGGGGCUCCCGGCUGCUCGGGCUCCCGGCCCCCUGAGCUGGAGCCGGAGCGCAGCCUGGGCCGCUUGAGGGGACGCUUCGAGGACGAGGACGAGGAGUUGGAAGAGGAUGAGGAGCUGGAGGAGGAAGAAGAGGAGGAGGAGGAAGAGAUGAGCCACUUCUCGCUGAGGCUGGAGGGGGGCCGGCCGGAAUCCGAGGACGAGGAAGAGCGCCUGAUUAAUCUCUCUGAGUUGACCCCAUACAUCUUGUGUUCCAUUUGCAAAGGUUACUUAAUAGAUGCAACUACCAUUACAGAAUGUCUUCAUACAUUUUGUAAAAGCUGCAUUGUAAGACAUUUUUACUAUAGCAACAGAUGUCCAAAAUGCAACAUAGUAGUACAUCAGACACAGCCUCUUUACAACAUAAGGUUGGACCGACAAUUACAAGACAUAGUGUACAAAUUAGUGAUCAAUCUAGAGGAAAGAGAAAAAAAGCAAAUGCAUGAUUUCUAUAAAGAAAGAGGUCUAGAAGUACCUAAACCUGCUGUUCCACAGCCCGUCCCUUCAAGCAAAGGAAGAUCUAAGAAAGUCUUAGAAUCAGUGUUUCGGAUUCCACCUGAACUUGAUAUGUCUUUAUUACUAGAGUUCAUUGGUGCUAAUGAAGGCACAGGACAUUUUAAGCCAUUGGAAAAGAAGUUUGUCCGAGUUUCAGGAGAAGCAACCAUUGGGCAUGUAGAAAAAUUCCUCAGAAGAAAAAUGGAUCUUGAUCCAACUUGUCAGGUAGAUAUCAUCUGUGGUGAUCACCUGUUGGAGCGGUAUCAAACUCUAAGGGAAAUUCGACGUGCAAUAGGUGAUGCAGCAAUGCAGGAUGGUCUGCUGGUCCUUCAUUAUGGUCUUGUGGUUUCUCCUUUGAAAAUUACUUGAAGAUUCUAGGAUUAUUAGGAGAGAAACAAAAUAAGGAGGCUUCUGCGGAAUUGCAUCUCACCAAAGAUUUUCACAAAAUGUAAUUGCUACCACUUUGUGCUGUUUGGGACAUAGCUUACCUAUUUUCAGCAACCAAGUGUCGUAACAUUUAUAAAUACAACUUGGAAUGAUGAAAUUCAUCUGUUUUACUAGAGACUGUAUAUAAAAAGCAUCCAUAGCUCAGGGGAAAUUUUUCAAAGCAUUGAAUUUUUAAAUUCCUUGGGAUUUCAAAUUGACAUUGAUUUUGCUUCUUAAUCUUUGAUGAAAGUUGGUUACUGUUCUUUGUUGAGCCAUAUUCCUUUCAAGUUGGUGGUUUGGAUUCUGCUCUCUGGAAUGGUAUCAGUGGUCAAUUAUCCUUUUGGGAGAGAUGGACAGUUUUGAACUGAAAAUUAAAAGACAGUCUUUGUUAAACCACAGACUGUACCUCAGACAAAGACCAAAACUAUCGGCCACUUUUGUGUGUUGCCGUCGUAUUUUGAACUGGUAGCAUUUUUUUUUUUUUUUUUUUUACUAGCAACACUACUAAAGAGAUGUUAUUCACUUCUAAAAGGGAUAAAUUAUCAUUAUUCUGUGUGAAGAGACUAUCUCCUGCAGGGUUUAUGGCCCAUACCAUAAGCCUUCAAUGUAAUAAAGACUUCUUUAACAUAUCUUAUAAUAAGGGGUGCCUCUUUGCAACAAUAUUUUUAUUCCUCAAAUGUUAAUUUUAGUAACAUUUUAUUUGAGUAUAUAGUGUGACUGUCAAUAACUUUGUAAUGACACUGCUUCUGAAAGUAAUAAAAAAAUUGAGACGUUUACAGCAUAAAUACUUAUUCAUUGUUUCCUCAAUAAGUCAGUUUAGUGUUCAUUUUCCCAUUAUUUUGUCACUGGGAUAAAGAAUAUGGAUGUUUGAGACCUCACUUACUUGCAUACAGAGAUUUCAGUUUCAAACAUUAUUUUGCCUAAGAUUAGCAUUGUGAUAGCUUUCUAAAAGAAAUAUUUUGUAUACCCUAUUUUACUGCAAAAUUUCCAAAUCUGCAUAGAAACAAUUACAGUUGGGUAAGG